UUUUUUUCCCUGUGAAUGCGCCCGCGGCGCAAAUCGCCGACUCUUCUGGCUUGGGUAGUGAGAGCCUCUUUAUUUUUUCACUCUCUCAUCGACAUUGGUGGUUAUGCGUUGCGAAUAGAUACGUUGGAUGGUCGUUGUCUUUGACAGUCCUUCACCUUCGAUUGCCUCUGCCUCUAUCUACCCUGUCGUUUCUCCAUUUAUUUUUGCUACUCCCCAACCAAACAAACAAAAUUGCCUGUCGUUUGGACGCCGACCAUUUCUUCAUCCUUUUCAAUCUUAUCCUUCUCAACAUUUUCCCCAUUCAAAGUCGGCCGUCUUCGUUUUAAAAAUAUCGCUCCUCUCUACUUUUUAG